AUGAAUACUGCGAGCUUCAAGAUUUUGAACUUAAUGGCUGUUUUUUUAAUUAAUAGUGCUUAUUGUUCGCCAAAAUACGACAUGGGAGGAUUUGUACCAAGUUCUAUAGACUACCUCGAUAAAAUGGGAAAAUCUCAUGAUCAAAUGGCCGUCGCAUCACAACAGAAAUCUCAAUCACCCUCGCAACAUCGUAGUGAAAACGCUUCUUCAGUAUCCAGAAGUUCUUCUGGACCUGAUGGAUCAAACGUUCCAAUUGAUCGUAAUCAAGAACCAAGAUUUGGAUUUACCGGAGUUGGCACAAGCUCAGGCUAUGGAGUAUCUUCUUAUGCACCAGGAAAAGUUGAUCUAGGCGGAUUAGUACUUGGCGCUGUGAUUGGAGUGGGAACUAUUUUAAUUAUUCCAAAGUUAUUACUUCUUCUCAGUGGAAGCUAUGGACAAUAUGCAAGAAGCGACGAAGGAGGAUUUGUUAAUUCAAUGACUAAAAUUGAUGACGUUCUAACUCGUCACGGAAUUGACACCACAACAUGUAUGCAGCGAGCUGUCUGUACUUACUCGAAAAAAGCCGCCGAAACAACGCGGUCAGCUAAUGACAUUGACGAUGAAGAAAAAGUGUCAUCAUUUGACCGAUUAGUAGAUACUGUAACGACGAACCAGGUAUUCCGCACUGCAAUGCGUGGAACAGCUAUUCAAGAAGCUAUCGAGGCAGGAAGAAAAGGACAAAAUUGUUCGAGACUUUACCGACAAUGUGGCUUUUCAAUGGAAUCAAUAGCACCUUCGUCGCAAGACUCAUAA